CACAAGUAGAGAAGGACCCGCAACAUUACUCAGCCUCUGCUAAUUUCAAACAGUUAAUUCAUCCUGUGGAAAUUAUUGAUUGUUUAUCUUCAUGAUAUCAUCAAAUUAAUAAGUAUUAGCAUUACGUAUUUUACUACUGAACAAGGGAAACAAUACAAGGAUGGGUGAGGUCGAGUUGUCAUGUCUGGCUUAUGUCAAAAUAUUCCUGCAUGCUAGUCAGUUUCCGCGCUGCAGUGUGAAUGGGCUGCUGUUGUCCUCCAGUGCUGCAGGAGGAGCUGUGUGUAUUACUGACUGUGUGCCACUGCUACACUCGCACCUGUCUCUCGCACCAAUCACACAGCUCGCUCUCACACAGGUGGAUGCUUGGUGUUCACAAACUCAGCAAAGGAUUGUGGGAUAUUAUCAAGCUAAUGCUUGUGUAUCAGACAGCAGCCCCACACCAUGUGCGCUAAAAAUAGCAGACAAGAUCUUCGAGCAGUGCAACAAUGCUGUGUUACUUAUGGUUGACGGAGAAAAGAUGUUUCCUGACUGCCGCGUGCCGCCAAUCGUGAUAUAUGAUCGUAAAGAUGCACGCUGGGCCCUCAAAGACAAACACACAAUAAUGCUUCAGCAAUGGGAAGAAACUCGUUCAAUAGCAAAUCAGCUGUUCAGCUCUGGCGAUCAGGCACUCUUAGUGGAUUUUGACAGCCAUUUGGAUGACAUCACAAAAGACUGGACCAAUCAAAAACUCAAUGCCAAGAUCAUGGAACUUGUCUCCCCAGCCAAUGGAAAUGUAUAAAUUAUGUGUACUGAUACACUAAAUCCAUCAUAGUCAUUCAAUAAAUGUUUUCUGUAUAUGUCGCUCUUAUGAUUCUAUGUUAUUUGGAUGAACAUAUUAUUAAUAUGGUUAUUUAACUACAUACAUGAUAACUGAUUGUGUGAAACAGGCUCUUGAUACCACAAUGAUUUGAAGUGCCUUAUGGCAUAAAUAAUACUAACACACUUCAGUUCCCAAAUAUGCAGAAAUAUUUUUCUGUCUUCCAAUUUAAUUCUGUAUGAUUCAUAGGACUGACUUUUAACAAUUAAAUAAAUAUAAAGCCAUGCACUAGAAGGACGAUAAUUUUUG